AUGGUUUUCUCCACCACAGGCAAUGCAGCAAUUUGGACUUGGAAGCUUGAUUUGAAGUGCAGUAGUUGGAGAAGAAGCAAGAUCAAACCACUCAAAGUAAUUGCAGGUGGGAUUCAAGCAUUUGAAGAAGUUUGCAGAGAGAAUCAGUCAAUCCUCCCUACAAUUAACCGGAGAUCUUCUUACACCAAGUUUUCUCCAUGGCUUAUAUUUGUUAAAGAUAAUGACAGCAUUUGCAACCUCGUGGACCCAAUGCAAAAUAACAAGCAAUACCUCAUCAAAGUCCCUGAAUUACUUAUAGGUGCUAAAAUCCAUUAUUCAAGAGGAGGUUGGCUACUAAUGUCUAAUGGUAUGAAAAGUGUAUUCUUCUUCAACCCCUUCACAAGAGAAAUCAUCCAACGUCCAUACAUGCCAAUGGAUAAUGUCCUCCAUUGCAGACUCUUAUUUUCCUCAUUACCUACCUCUUCAACUUAUGUUGUUUUAUCCAUUGGACACUGGAUCCGGCAACAGAACGAAGUACUAGGUGAUUUUUCCAUUUACACUAUUGAACGAGGAAACAAUUCAUGGAGGUCUGAAAAACUUUUGAAUAUGCAUAUUGACAUGUACAUGACAUGGCUUAAGGAUCCAGUUUUUUAUAAUGGGCAAAUCUACUGCGUGGAAGAUGACGAAAAUCUAGGAGUUCUUAGUAUAGAAGAUAAUAUUACUUGGAAAAGUCUUCAGAAACCCGAUAAACAGUUCUCUGUGAAUGCUGCAUACAGAAGUUUCUUGAUUGAAUGCGGACGAGAUCUUUUAUUAGUGCGUGUAGGGUCUCAAGGGAAAUCAGUUGGAGUUUAUAGAUUAGAUUUCUCUGAGCUGAUUUGGGUUGAAGUUGAAAGUUAG